UCCCACGACCCGUGUUAUUACAGGCCAGGCCGGAUCGCGCCACGUCUGUGGAUGCCUGUGCGGCUGAUUGCGUCUCGCGCCGAGCCAUUCCAACGGCGCGAGUCGGCCUGUACCCGCCUGUCGUUAACGCCAGUCCAACAUGUGUGAUGAUACGGAGCGUAUGGCUGCGUGUGCAGCCGCUGUGGUUUUAUUCAGUGGUCAACUUUUGAUAAACCAAGCAAAAAGAAAGCAGAAGAAACGACGCUGGUGGGUGUCGUCAUUCAACAAGAGCCGAUCAAGAUAUAAUGCAACUGAUAUGCUGAGUGAUUUUGUACGGGAACCUAGCAAAACAUUUGAAAAUUUCUGCAGAAUGUCUCAAGAUGAUUUCACAUUCCUUCUAAAUAAGAUUGGUCCUCAUAUCUCAAAGAUUGAUACGAACAUGAGACAGUGUAUACCGACUCAAGCCCGAUUUGCUAUUGCACUCAGAUUUCUGGCUACUGGAGAUAGUUACAAAAGCCUCUCAUACUUAUUUAAGGUUUCAAUACAAACAGUCUCAAGAUGCGUUGACGACGUCUGCAAAGCCAUAAUGCAAGAAUUAAGGGAAGAAAUAAAACUGCCACGGUCAUCACACGAAUGGUUGGAGAUUGCAGAAGAAUUUAAUGGCAAGUGGAACUUCCCUCAUUGUAUAGGGGCACUAGAUGGAAAGCAUUGCGUGAUGCAAAGUCCUAUUCACAGUGGAUCAGAAUAUAUCAACUAUAAAGGAACAUUCAGCAUUGUACUUUUAGCUUUGGUUGACGCUGACUACAACUUUAUUUUUGUGGAUUGUGGUUGCCAGGGAAGAAUAAGCGACGGUGGUGUGUACAGAAACACGGAGUUCUACAAAAAACUAUGUCGUUCUGAACUGGAUAUACCACAGCCGGAUUUUUUACCAUCAAAAGAAGAAAAGAUGCCCUACGUUUUCGUAGCUGAUAGUGCAUUUGCCCUAACUGUUAACAUGAUGAAGCCAUAUGCUGGGAAUCAUAACAAAGGAACAAAGAGUCUUCAACUAUCGCUUGUCAAGAGCUCGACGAAUAGUCGAAAACGCUUUCGGAAUCAUGUCUUCUGUUUUCAGAGUACUAAGGAAACCUAUUCUCUUACAACCCGACAAGGUAACGGACAUAGUUAUGACUUGUGUCUUAUUACACAACUUUCUAAGGAGAUCUAAAAAAUCAAGGCAAAUAUACACACCAGUGGGCAUCUUUGACACUGAUCAUGAAGGGGUUAUUCAACCCGGCUCUUGGCGAAAUGACCAAGAAGGAAUGAGUUCCCUACUACCACUGAGAUCUUUACCAAGAAGAGCUGCUGUUACUGCCAAGAGCGUAAGAGAUAAAUUUGCUGAAUACUUUGUAACUAAUGGCGCAGUUUCGUGGCAGAAUAACUAUUCAUAGGUUAACCAAGGCAUACGGGAAUCGGCCUUUGUACAGUCAGCCACAGGUCAACCUACCCAUUUCCGGUCGUCCUGUCAUGUAAAAAAGGGUCACCUAGUUAAUUACAAAUACCUUGGAGAGUAUGUACUCAGCUUAUGUAAGCUAGCUCUUUGAAUUAAAAAGUAUCUGAGAACUAUCUCAAGUAGUUAAAUUUUCUUUCACA